GUCACUGUUACAUGCCAUUCACCCCGGCCAGUCGAUUAUAAUGGUCACUCUCUUAUCAGUCCAAGCACCAUAUGGACAAUAUAAAAGCUCUUUCGUGAUCUUCUUUUUUGCCAUUUCUCCUGAUGUCAGACCAGAAGCUUGACGAAAUCUCCUUGUCUGAGCGGAAUGUUGAUGGACUGUACCGACCCGACGUGAACACAGACAGCGUCAACGAGAAGAAGCUCAUGCGCCGUAUUGACCUUCAUGUCAUUCCAUGGCUGGCCCUUUUAUACUUCUUGAACUUCAUGGAUAGAGGUAACAUCGGGAACGCGAAGUUAUACGGGAUGACAACCAACAUUAACCAUCCGAUUUCUGAUACUCAAUAUCUGAUCGCACUCACUGUAUACUUCUUUCCUUAUGCUUUACUCGAGCCAGCAAGCAAUGUGAUCCUUAGACGACUUAAACCCUCUCUAUGGCUAAGCUCCUUGAUCUUCUGCUGGGGCGUAGUCAUGGUCUGUCAUGGCUUCAUUCAAAGUUACGGAGGGCUCGUUGCUGUCCGCGUUCUACUUGGCGUAACAGAAGCAGGGAUGUAUCCUGGUAUCGUUUUCUACAUUUCCAGUUGGUACAAACGUGCGGAAAUGGGUUCCAAAAUUGCAUUUUUCUUCUCCUCGGCCACCUUAUCCGGCGCAUUCAGUGGUUUACUUUCAGUUGCGAUACACAAUAUGGACGGCGUUGGGGGAUUAGCUGGUUGGAGAUGGAUCUUCAUUCUCGAGGGUCUUGUCACCGUAGUCGUCGCUCUUUUAUCGUUCUGGGUAAUCCAAGAUUACCCGGAGAACGCGAAAUUUCUUUCUGAAAAAGAAAGGGUUUUUGUCAUUCGCCGACUUGAGGACGACGUGCGGUUGAGCGCUGCUGGUGAACAGUACAGGAAGAAGUACGUAUGGCAGAGCGUCAAAGAUUGGAAGACUUGGGUCGCUAUGGGGAUCUACAUGGGCUUCGACGGCCCAUUGUAUGCAUUUUCGUUGUUCUUGCCUACUAUCAUCAAUAAGCUUGGGUUCACCGCUACUAAGGCCAAUCUGCUUACGAUACCUCCUUAUGCUUGGGGUUGCGUUACCACAGUGGCUGUCGGAAUACUGGGUGAUCGAAUUGGCACCCGUUACUAUAUGAGUUUGUUCUUGUUCGCGACAGGUGCAGCGGGUUAUAUCAUAUUGAUCGCUUCACGUAGUCCCGGACUAUCUUAUUUCGCUGUUUUUCUUGCUGCAUCCGCUAUCUAUCCAUCUAUCCCCAACAAUGUUGCCUGGGUUGCCGGGAACGUCGAAGGCGCCUAUAAACGUAGUGUCACACUGGGUAUGGCCAUCGGAUGGGGUAACAUCAAUGGCGCAGUGACUUCAAACAUAUAUCGCUCCACGGACUCACCAUGGUACACAAUGGGACAUGGAAUAGUCCUGGCUUACAUCGGUAUUGGUCUCAUUUGCGUGACGAUCAUGAGGGUUGGUCUGCAUAGAGAAAACGCGCGCAGAGAUAGAGGGGAGCGAGAUGAAGUUAUCGACGGUGUCGACAAUAAGAAUGCCCAUGUUAGGAAUGGCCAGUAUCCCGAUAUCGAGACUGCAAGACUCGAUAAAGGAGAUGACUGGAGUGGUUUCCGGUACUCAUUGUAGCUAUAUGCAUGAUGUUGUAAGUGUUACCUCCUAGCUAUCUAUUAUUCCUUUCAUUUGACACCCCCGAAAUCUGUUUCUUGAGAAUUGAACAGAUGAACUCCUCCAUUUUCAACUGAGAUGGGAAAUUUCGUAAUGAUCCUAGACCGUAGACGAAAUAAACUUUACAGAACUAUCGUAAUGAUAAUGAGAUCGGUACUAUA